AUGGUUUGGUUCCAACACCACUCCUAUUGCGAUCUGUUCAACCAUAGUCUGCAUGAUCAGCUAUAUCUCGGCUUCUUGAAGAAGUUGAAGAAAGAGAUGGAAGGACGACGGUUAUUUCAUAUCAGAAAUAAUCCGUUUGAUUUAUCUAAUAAAGAUUUUAUUCGUUUAUAUAGAAUAAACAAAAGAAUAACGGAAAAUAUAAUAGAUAUUGUUACAACAGCAAUACGUUUCAUGGCAUCUGGCAGUUACCAGACAGACAUACAAUUUUGGGAAAAAUAUGAUUUUCCUGGAAUUAUAGGACGCAUAGAUUGUACUCACGUGGCAAUAGUGACAAUAGUUGCACCUCCCAAGCAUCAUCCACAAUUUCCGGAACAUAUUUAUGUGAAUAGAAAAGGUUAUCACUCAAUUAAUGUACAACUGAUAUGUGACAGUGAUUUAAAAAUAAUCCACCUAAAUGUAAAUAUCCGGGAAGUACACACGAUAGUUAUAUCUGGAAUAAUUGUAACUUUUUACCAAUUUUGAAGGAAAUAUACAAUCGAGAACAUACUUUUUAUCUUUUGGGUGAUUCUGGAUAUGCAUUAAGGCCAUGGUUAUUGACACCUGUUAUAAAUGCUAUACAAAACUCAUCCGAAGAUCGAUAUAAUGUUGCACAUAGACGAAUUCGAACCUUAAUAGAAAGGACGAACAGUUUAUUGAAGAUGCGUUUUCGAUGCUUGUUAAAACAUAGAGUCUUGCAUUACAAACCAGACGUAGUAUCGCGUUUAGUUAAUGCUUGUAUAGUAUUGCACAAUAUGUGCAUUGAAAACAAAGUACCAAUGCCGC